UUUAGUGGAUAUCCAUUUACGUGAAGUUCUGGCUUGAUUGACAGUUGCGGGUAUCGUUUCAUUUUCGUCUUCAAGCCGGGAUUCGAUUUUCACAUUCUCAUAUCGAAAAUCAAACUUCUAUACAGCCGUUGUGACAGCAUAAACUUGAUCUGUGUUUUAUGGACUAAAAUGGCAUUGAAGUUUACUUCAGCAUCAUUCAUGAACUCAACUCUUGGCACAUCAACAUUACUGAGCACGCAAGACACACAAAAAAAUGGAUAUCAUUCGACCACCAUUGUACCACAUACAUCAGGUUCCACGACCUAUGUUGACCAACCCAACAAUAGUACAUUUCUUGGUAUUAUCGAGACUACAAUUCUCACAAAUCUGCCGCCACAAGGAUCGUCAUUAGUUCUUCUGUAUGUUUUUCUUCCGGUCAUUAUCAUACUGUUGUUUGGAGGAGCUGUUUUAGCGUUCAAAUAUUCAAAAAGAAGAUCUGGAGUGAAAAGACUGCGACGCCAACUCGUACCACUGAGACAAUAUGAUGUGAACACUGAUGUGGAACAAGAUGAUAAUUUGCUCGAAGUUAAGAUGACUGAACCAUGCUGCAACGAUCCACUCCUUGCCUUCAAACCAAAUGAAAGACCCAACAAUCUGGAUGUUUAGGGGGCAAGCCUUUUACACAACGAUCAUAAAAACAAAUGUGGUGCAGAGCAAAAUAUUUCAUGGCUGGAUUUUUUGGGCUGAACUAAUGAGAACUUCCAUUUUAUUUAUCAUUUGUAUAGUCUAAAUAUAUUUGUUUCGUACAUUUCAUGUUGGCAGUAAUAAAAUUUUCUUGAUACCGAAA